AUGGCGGAAGAGGAGUUAACUGAUAUCAUGGUAGACAUGGAGUAUGGAGAACUGAUGAAAGACUGGAUAGAUGAUUGGUCAGAUGAUGAAAAUUCAGAUCGUGAAGAUCGGUCAGAGAAUGGGAACGAAUGGGACAAUCUUAAUAUCAAUGAGCUUGAUGAUGAUCAGGAAAACAACUCGGAGCUCUCGAAUGAAGAUUACAUUAGUCAAAUUUCUUCUGGAUGUCAUAAUGCGUACGACUAUUAUGGUGAAUCCGACGCGGAGACAUGCCUUAACGACGAAUCAUUAGAUGCACCUGGUUCUGGGGAGUCUGAGUCGUCGGUCAUCAUGAGUGAGGUGACACAAGAUGAUGGUGCAAAGAAUGUCCAAGAUACUGCCAGUGCAGAUGAUAAGAGGGAUAUGUUCAUGCAGAUAAUGGAAAUGACCUUUACUUCUCACGAUGCUGCGUAUGAUUUCUACAACAGCUAUGCUAGAGAUAAUGGUUUCAGUAUUAGAAAGAAUAAGGUCAAGUAUAGCAAAACAGAGUCACGUCAUAUGCAUUAUAGGCGGUUUGUUUGUUCAAGACAAGGGAAACGUGACAGCAAGUUGCUAACCGAGGAAGGACACAGCCGUAGGCUCAGACCCGAGACACGCUGCUUUUGCGAAGCGCACCUGACCGUCAAGCUUGACCAAAAGCGUGGGGUUUGGUAUGUUGAAAGUUUUGAGGACAAGCAUAGCCAUAUGUUGGCAGGACCGGACGAGGUACCUUUUCUUUGGUCCCAUAGAAAAAUCAAAGAGUACCAGAAGCAUGAGAUAAUGUCCAUGGGAGCUGCAGGGAUUAGAAUUCACGACAUGAUGGAUUGCUUCAUCAGCAAGCAUGUAUGGUACGACGGUGUUGGUUUUACCAGGCGUGAAAUAUACAACCUUUGCGCCAAGGAGAAGAGGAAGCUGCUUUCAAAAGGUGAUGCUGCCGCAGCCAUAGGCAUCAUGGCCAGUAGGAAACAGAGGGAUCCUAGCUUCUUUUUCGAGUACAGGCUAGAUAAGGAAGGACAUUUGAAUAGGAUGUUCUGGUGCGACUCCCAGUCUCGUCAUGACUAUGAGGACUUCGGCGACGCGCUUGUAUUUGACAGCACGUACAAGAUGAACCGCUAUGGUAUGCCAUUCAUACCUUUUGUUGGUCUUAACAAUCACCGGAAGACCACUGUUUUUGGUUGUGCCAUAGUUUCGGACGAGACCGAGGAGACAUACGUGUGGCUUCUGCAGACGUUUUUGAGGUCCAUGUGUCAAAAGAUGCCUAAGAGUGUAAUCACAGACGCCGACGCUGCGAUGAUCAAGGAUGAUCUUAGAAAAAUUGACGGCAUGGAGAUUGUAGAAAUUAAGCUGGGAGACGGAUCACAGCAGUACAUCGUGGCCUGGAAGAAUAACCGGAAGCGCAGUUUUUUGGUGGAGUAUACACCAGUAAAUUCUGCAGAAACUAUAAGGUGCAGAAAAGUGGAGAAGGAACAAGAGUAG